GCACCCUGGUGCUUUUCGUCGAAAAGAUACUGUCUGAUCAGAAUCUAUAACGCUUCCGGUGUGAAUUUCGACUGCAAGGGCAAGUUCUACACUUUAAAAUGACACUUGUCCGCACUGUUAUACGCCCGUGGAAUUCAUUGAUGAAACAAUCAGUGCGAUUCGGAAGUUCUGUGACCCCCCACAACAGCCCCUUUCAGCAGGAGCUGCAAGAUUGGCAUAAGGAAAAUUAUCCCGAGGAGUACAUGACCCCCAGAGAGAAAGCUCUCUAUUAUGGUGCCACCCUUGAUCAUCUGCCUGUAGUCAGUGGACCCUUUGCAAAGGUGUAUGCUGAAAAGCAAAGGAACUACCAUAUGCAUCUGUUUCUGGGAGCAACUAUUUUAAUUGCAUCAAUUGUGCUUACAAAUAUGUCAGGAAUUUUGAGUGGGCCCAACCUUUCCAAGCCACUCAAUAUUGAUGAGCUGUACAAUCCAAGGAACGACAUGCGUGAUACUCACCGAUACCAGAUCAUCCUUGAGUUGGAUGAGGACGAAGAGUAGAAGAGUUCUCUCCCUUAAAUUGAAAAUUGAAUGAAAGUUUUUGUUUAAUUUCAUUGUUAGUUGUUUAAAGACUUAAUUCAUUCCGAAAAAAAAGUGAAGUUUAUACAAAGAAUAAAACGCAAACAAUUGAGAACUAGACAUUGAAGGAAUAUUUAUGAGUUUUGUAACUGAUGUUUGUGAUCUUUUUAAUGUAAUAAAUAGGUAAAAAAGA